GGUUGAACUAUUUUUGUUUAUCGCUUCAUUAUGAAGUGUAAUAAAGUAUUGAUGUCUUUGAGGGCAGAGUUUAGGCCUGUAAAAGAAGGCGUGUGUUGAAAAGAAGGGGGCGUGUGUUGAAAAGAAGGGGGUGUGGUCUUGAGGCAGAAAGAUGAACAGAACCUCACUGAAGACUUUACUGACACUUUUUCAGACCUCUGAAGUGCUGAAGACGAUGUUUCUCUGGUUUGUUUUUCUCUCUUUGUGCUUCUGCUGUCUGCAGGGGGAUGAGGUGAAGUCAGUGUCAGUGAUGGAGGGACAUUCUGUGACUCUACACAUUAAUACUGCUGACACACACACAGAUGAUCUGAUACUGUGGAGUUUUGGAACUCAAGAGACUCACAUCGCUCGAGUCAACAGAGAAGCCAAUAAAGUGUCAGUAUAUGCUGAUGUUCAUGAUGGGAUGUUCAGAGACAGACUGCAGGUGGACAAUCAGACUGGAUCUCUCACCAUCACAAACAUCACAACUCAACACUCUGGACUUUAUCACAUGAUCAUCCACGGCCAACAAGAGACCUCGUACACAUUCAACAUGACUGUCUAUGCUCGUCUGCCUCUUCCUCACAUCACCAGUUACUGUCCACAAAACUCUUCAUCAUCUUCAGUGUCAACAUGUGUGUUGUUGUGUUCAGUGAUGAAUGUGACACAUGUGAGUCUCUCCUGGUACAAAGGAAAGAGUUUAUUGUCCAGCAUCAGUGUGUCUGAUCUCAACAUCAGACUCUCUCUACCUCUGGAGGUGGAAUAUCAGGACACAAACACAUACAGAUGUGUCAUCAACAAUCCCAUCACAAACCACACACAACAUCUCAACAUCACUCAAGUCUGUCACAAGUGUUCAGACUGUGGAUGCUGUUGUAAUGGUCCUGAACCUGUGAUCCGAUUGGCCAUCUCUGCUGUGGUGGGCGUGGCUACUGUCGCAGUUCUGCUGUAUGACGUCAGAUGUAGAAAAGUUCAGACUUCACCAUCAGAUCAUCGCUGAUAUUGGACACAGUCACAUCUACUGUAACUUACACGUGUAUCUUUGAGUCUGUACACGAGCAACAUUCACCACUUUAUAAUGCCAAAGUUUAGCUUUUCAUAUAACUUUUGACUUUAUUAUACAACAUUCGUCUAUGAGCUCAUAACUUGGAUUGCAAAUGUUAAUGAUUAUUGUAUGUUUGUCUUGUUAUAGUGUUUGUGUAGUAAUCUGUUCAUCUAUGACUGCAAUAAAAACAAAGUUAUAUAUU